CGGCGCAGGCGCGGAAGCGGGCGGCGGAGCGGCGGCGACCCCUUCCCCGAGCAAGAGAGUGAGUCCCGCGGCCUGACAUGCCCCGGCGGCCCCGGCAGCCGCCCGCCCGAGCUCGCGGGCCCUCGGCCCAGGCAUGAGCUGGCUCUUCCCGCUGAGCAAGAGCGGCGCGUCUCCCGCGGCCGGAGGCGCGGGGGGCGGCGGGGGCGGCCCGGGGGGGCUCACCAGCCUUCAGCAGCAGAAACAGCGGCUCAUCGAGUCCCUGCGCGCGGCGCACGCCAGCUUAGCUGAAAUACAGAAAGAUGUGGAGUACAGAUUACCAUUCACAGUAAACAACCUUACAAUUAACAUUAAUAUCUUCCUUCCUCCUCAGUUUCCUCAGGAAAAACCAGUGAUCAGUGUUUACCCUCCAGUACGGCAUCAUUUAAUGGACAAACAUGGAGUGUACGUUACCUGUCCAUUAGUAAACAAUUUUACCAUGCACUCAGACCUUGGAAAAAUUAUUCAAAGUCUUCUGGAUGAGUUUUGGAAGAAUCCUCCAGUUUUGGCUCCCAGCUCAACCUUUCCAUACCUGUACGGUGGCCCGGCAGGGAUGCCUCCUUAUGCUGCUCAGGGUUUUCCAUUUCUCCCCUCGUAUCCUCCUCAAGAAGCAAACAGACCCAUGGCUUCUGUCCCCGUGGCAGAUACCGUGUCUCCAGCAUCCAGUUACUCCACACCCAAACCUGCUGCUCCCUCCUGUGGCUUCCUCUCCAGCCUGCCUUUGCCCGUUCCCACCACGGAUGCUCCGAUGCUGACAGGCCAAAAUGGGUGUGGUUACAAGAUGCCUGAUAUCCCUGAUGCGUUUCCAGAACUCUCAGAGCUCAGCCUGUCGCAGCUAACAGAGAUGAAUGAGCAAGAAGACGCGCUCCUGGAGCAGUUCUCAAGUCUGCCCCAGCUGCAGCAGGUCAUCACAGACAAGGAUGGCCUGGUGAAGAGCAUCGAGGAGCUUGCCCGGAAGAACCUCCUUCUAGAGCCCAGCCUGGAAGCCAAAAGGCAGACGGUCCUUGACAAGUACGAGCUGCUCACCCAGAUGAAGUCGGGCUUUGAGAAGAAGAUGCAGAGGCAGCACGAGCUCAGUGAGAGCUGCAGCGCCAGCGCCCUCCAGGCGAGGCUGAAGGUGGCAGCCCACGAGGCCGAGGAGGAGUCAGACACACUUGCGGAGGACUUCCUCGAGGGGAAGAUGGAAAUAGAUGAUUUUCUCAGCAGCUUCAUGGAAAAGAGAACCAUUUGCCAUUGUCGCAGAGCCAAAGAGGAGAAGCUUCAGCAGGCGAUAGCCACCCACACCCAGUUCCAUGCUCCCCUCUAGAUUUUCCUGAAACAUGAACUGCCAAGAGAAGAAUGAACAGUCCCAAUUAAGCACACUUUAAAUAGAUGUGAUUUGCAAAAGGCGUUUCAUCCUAAUGGUUGUAUUGUGUAGUAGAGAUUAACUGUAUCCAUUGCGUAGAGCUGGGCCUGAUUUUCUACAAAUUAGGAUGCCUUUUAUUAUCUAUGUUUGAGAAAUCUUUCUGCACUCUUUGCACUAAAAAUAUCCUUUGUAUUUAUUGUUGAUAAAGUCUUUUACCAUAUUUAAGUUUCUGCUGCUAUUCCCUGAUUAUUAGAAAUUAAAUGCCUAUGCAUGUAAUUUUGGAUAAAUUCAAGUAUUUUAUAAAUUCAUAUUCUUUUAAAUUCAUACUUUAACUGAAAUGGACUGGUUUAUUUUUAAAGAAAGUCUUGUUUUGGGGUUUUUUAAGUUACUAUUUUGGGGUAGUGGUCAUUAAAAUAUCACAUUCCCUUUACUUUCAGGGAAAUGUUUGUUCCUAAGUGAUUAUGCCAAUAUGUGGAGCUUUAGUCAGCAGCCCAUUGCGUGGUGCUGAUUGACUUGGGGUCUGCACUCCAGUGGCACCCACAGGAGCCUUCUCAGCCCGGCCCUGGUGGGAGCACCAACCCUCAUGGAGCUCCAGGAGGUGGUUCAUCCCCAGAAGGCUGGCUGCCCUCCAGGCCCUGCCUUUGUCUUUGUGUUGGGUGCUUCUGGCCACAGCUGCACUGAAGAGGAAGAUGCAUCUGGCCAGGUGGGACCUGUGCCUGAAAUCACAAAAGAUAUAAUGAAUGAUUCUGAAGCCAGCAUGUGCUCUGCAAAUGUAUUGGUUUGAUGUUUUAAAGGAAGGCCAUGUCCAGAAGGGCAAGGCCCCCACACACGAGCCAUCCUGUAGGACUGGCCAGGCUGGGUCAUUUGGAAAUGGAUCCUCUAAACAGCUCGUUACAAGAGAGGUAAUAGAAGAAAACCUGGGUGUGUGUCCUGGCUCUGCAGGGGGAUGUCUGGACACAGGCCAACCAUUUUUUCCCCUAACUGCUGUUGUCGAUGAUUUUUACCUCUGAUUGGACACCAAGUGAAAGCAGUGUGGAGUGGUGAAACACUCCUGGAUUUGAAGCCAGAGGAGCUAGGCUCUGCCACAGCCUCACUGGGUGACCUUGGGUCGGGCCCGUAACCUCUGUGGGCCUUGGUCUGUAAAGGAGGCGUCAUGACAUCUCUGGGAGGAUUUAUCGACGUGUGUAAGAUGAGAGGGCAGGCUCUGUGAUCUCAUGAACAAAUAAAAAUCAUUACACUGUUCUUGUAAAGGU